AUGCAGAGCUUCAAAUUCGGCUCCGAUGCCAAUGGGGAUCCAUACACCUUGGAGCUGGGCGCCAACUGGGUCCAAGGCACUGGUACGGAAGGCGGCCCUGAGAACCCAAUCUGGACGUUUGCGAAGCAGGCCAAUUUAUCGAACACAAAUUCGAACCUUUCGUCGAUCUUGACAUACGACGAGACUGGUGCCAACGACUUCCUCGAUCUUAUUGAUGAGUUUGAAGAGAAAUAUGCUGUUGCUGAACAGAACGCCGGAACUAUCCUUACAAAAAGUCUGCAAGAUCGCAGCAUGCGCGCUGGUCUAUGGCAGGGUGGUUGGCGGCCGAAGGACGCUCAUCGGAAGGCUAUCGAGUGGUGGGAAUGGGAUUGGGAGAUGUCACAAACCCCAGAAGAGUCCAGUUUCGUCUUCGGCAUCACCGUGUACAACUUCACCUUCUACCGCUACUCUGAGGACGACAACAUGAGUGUAGAUCCCAGAGGCUUCAGUAUAUGGCUCUACGCGCAAGCAGCCAAGUUCCUCAAGGCAAAUGAUCCCAGACUGCUCCUUAAUACCGUGGUAAAGGACAUUGAGUACUGCGAUACUCAUGUCACGAUCACGAAUGAGGAUGGUACUUGUGUCGAAGCUGACUAUGCCAUCAACACUGUCUCACUCGGCGUUCUCCAGAAUGAAGUCAUCAAGUACACUCCAGAACUCCCCAGCUGGAAGCAGGACUCGAUCGCCACGUUUGCCAUGGGCACUUACACCAAGAUCUUCUACCAAUUCAACGAGACCUUUUGGCCAGAAGAUACCCAGUUCUUCCUCUACGCCCACCCUACAACGCGCGGGUACUACACAGCCUGGCAAUCUCUGUCCACUGAAGGCUUCUUCCCGGGCUCCAAUAUCCUCUUUGUGACGGUGGUAGACGAGCAGAGCUACCGCAUCGAGGCUCAAGACGACGAAGUCACCAAGCAAGAAGGCCUCGCCGUCCUCCGCCAAAUGUUCCCGGACAUCAACAUCCCCGAGCCCGUGGCAUUCCACUACCCGCGCUGGACCAACACGCCAUGGUCUUACGGCUCAUUCACCAACUGGCCCUCUGGCACGACGCUCGAGAUGCACCAGAAUCUGCGCGCCAACGUGGGACGCUUGUACUUUGCCGGCGAGGCCACGAGCACCGAGCACUUUGGCUACUUGCAAGGCGCAUGGUUCGAAGGACAGGAAGCGGGUUUGAAGAUCGCGGGCAUGCUGACGCAAGAGUGUCGGAAUGCUGAGAGUGGAUGUGGACAGCAUGUUAAGUAUGAAGUCCUGCACGGCACGACGGAAGCUUGGGAAUAUAACGCGUACAAUGGCAUGGGCGAGAGUCCGUUUUUCAAACCCGAUGCGAGCGCGGAAAGUUAGUUAGCUUGUAGUCGAGAUAUGAUUCAUCCCUCCAUCUUGCGCACACCAGCGCACCACCUCAGC